AUGUCGGUGGCUGCUCAAGAGCCAGGCAAAGCCAAGCCAAGUGUGCUACGCUCGAUCAUUGCUGGAUCAACAGCAGGUGCUGUCGAGAUAGCAAUCACCUACCCUUUUGAGUUCGCAAAGACAAGGUCACAACUCAACCAGAGAUUACCAGAUUCUAAGAAGCUUCCAUGGCCUAAGUUCCCGUCGAAGGAAUGGUAUGCAGGUUGCACUACAUUGAUUAUCGGCAACUCGAUCAAAGCUGGUGUUCGUUUUGUGUCGUUCGACUUCUACAAAAGUUUGCUUGUUGAUGAAAGUGGGAAGCUCUCAGGCCCGAGAACUGUUGUUGCAGGCUUUGGCGCAGGCUUUACAGAAUCUCUGCUUGCAGUAACUCCUUUCGAGAGCAUAAAGACGCAGCUGAUAGACGACCGGAAAAGGGCCCAGCCACGGAUGAAUGGCUUCUUACACGGCUCCUCGGUGAUCGCACGUGAGCAAGGCAUUCGAGGCUUUUUCAAGGGCUUCGUUCCCACGACUGCAAGACAAGCUGCCAACAGCGCUGUGCGCUUCAGCACAUACACCUGGUUGAAGCAAGCCGCAGAAUCCUACACAUCGCCUGGAGAACGAUUAGGAACUGUCAGUACUUUCGGUUUGGGGGCCAUCGCCGGAGCUGUAACAGUCUAUUCCACUCAGCCUAUCGAUACUGUCAAGACGCGAAUGCAGAGUCUCGAGGCAAAGAAGCUAUACAAAAACAGUAUACAAUGUGGCUGGUCGAUAUUCAAGAAUGAAGGUAUUUUGACUUUGUGGAGUGGUGCAACUCCACGACUAGGUCGCCUGGUGUUGAGUGGAGGCAUCGUCUUUGCUGGCUAUGAGAAGACUCUGGAACUGCUUGACUCACUUGACCCCAACAAAAAAUACAUAUGA